GCGUUUUCCCUCCCACCCAACCCUUUGCCUGCAUUCCCGACUUGCUACAGUGCCACGUCAUCAACAGUGCCAUGUCAGCAGUACCACGUCAGCAGGGCCCCGCCACCAUGACGGUCUCAGUUCUGGGCAUGCCAGACCCACUGGCCAAUGAGUCCAUUGUCGAGUAUCGAGAGCGGUUCCAGGCUCAGCUCGCACUGAUCGAGGCUGAGGAACAACGUCAGGCGGCAGCAGCUGAAAAGCAGCGACUUCACGCCGAAGCAGACGCAGAUACCCAGGCACGCCGCAAGGAGGCCCAGGAUCUGCUACAGCGGCACGAAGCUGCCAGCAUUGAAAAGCUCAAGUUCUGGCAUUUUGAACCAUCCGAGCACCACGAAGACGCGACACCGGAAGAGCAGCACAAGGAGUUUCUUGCCAAACUCGUGACCCGGUUGGUUUACACUUGUAACCACCUGCAGUCCAAGCUGGCAUAUCUCCGACGGGCGGUGCGGAACGACAAGGAUCUGCACGAGGAUGCUACACGGGCACUUGAUUCCCGUGUACAGGAGCAAGUUGCACCAAGACCAGAUGCUGGCGAGUCCAACAGUGCACCCUCUACCCGCCAAUUGGAGGAACGAGUUGACCACGUAGUUGCAAUGCUUGGCGACAUCAGCACCUUUGCUGCACCAGCCACCAUCAGCAAGUAGCUGGACACCUUGAAGACCGAGGUUCAACAACUGCACCAGCUGCCCAACAAGGAUGCUAACACCAGU